GCUUUGUCUGCUGCGCGAUACCAGAAUUUCAGCUGGCGCGAUCAAACACAGCUCUCUCUCUCUCUUAUUGAUAUCUCCUUCUAACUUCUCUCGCUUUCUGUGUGUCUUCUCUUCCUUCACCUCAUCUUCUUGCUCAAAGAAGAGAGAGAAAACAAAUAUACUCAAAACCCAUUACAAUUCUUGUUUCAUUUGAUUGAUUCACAGAUCUAACUCUUCCACUUUCAGAUCUUCUUCUCUUUGCAACUUAAAGACUUGUAGUGCAUAACUUAUUCGUCUUGCGGAGAGGGAACUAUUAACCGUUGAGGUUUAUUUUAAUCAGUUAUCUUUAGUCCCCAUUAGAUGUGGCCAAUUUCGAGGGUGGUUUGGAUGAGAUGAGGUAUGUUAUCUGGGUUGAUGAAGUUUUUGAGGGCCUGUUUUUGGCCAAGGGGGGAUGGGCAUGUUCAUACUGGUUCUGAUGCCAGUGGUCGACAGGAUGGGCUUCUAUGGUACAAGGAUACAGGGCAACAUUUUAAUGGAGAGUUCUCGAUGGCUGUGGUACAAGCAAAUUUUUUACUUGAGGAUCAGAGCCAAAUCGAAUCUGGUUGUUUGAGCUUGCAUGAUUCUGGGCCGUUUGGUACCUUUGUAGGGGUUUAUGAUGGACAUGGUGGCCCUGAGACAUCGCAGUACAUCAAUGAUCAACUCUUUCAACAUCUCAAGAGGUUUACUUCAGAGCAACAAUCCAUGUCAGUUGAGGUAAUACGGAAGGCAUUCCAAGCAACAGAAGAGGGGUUUAUCUCUCUUGUUACCAAGCAAUGGCCAAUGAAACCGCAGAUUGCAGCAGUUGGAUCAUGCUGUCUGGUUGGGAUCAUCUGCAAUGGCGCUCUUUAUAUUGCCAACCUUGGUGACUCCCGUGCUGUUCUGGGGAGACUGGUCAAGGCAACAGGAGGGGUUCUGUCCAUUCAGCUCUCGGAUGAGCACAAUGCCAGUAUAGAGUCUGUGAGACAAGAAUUGCAUUCUUUGCACCCGGAUGACUCGCAAAUAGUAGUGUUAAGGCAUAACGUGUGGCGUGUAAAGGGCAUAAUACAGAUUUCAAGAUCCAUUGGUGAUUUGUAUCUGAAGAAGGCAGAAUUCAACAGGGAGCCAUUAUUUGCUAAAUUUCGCCUUCGUGAACCUUUGAGAAGACCAAUACUGAGCUCAGACCCAUCAAUUUCAGUGCAUCAAUUGGAGCCACAUGAUCAGUUCGUUAUAUUUGCAUCAGAUGGUCUCUGGGAGCACCUAAGCAACCAAGAAGCAGUUGAUAUAGUUCAAAAUCAUCCCCGCAGUGGAAGUGCUAGGAGAUUGGUAAAAGUUGCACUGCAAGAAGCAGCGAAGAAGAGAGAGAUGAGGUACUCAGACUUGAAAAAGAUUGACCGCGGAGUUCGUAGGCAUUUCCACGAUGACAUCACAGUGAUUGUAUUGUUCCUUGACUCAAACCUCUUGUGCAGGGCAAGCUCAGUGAAGAGUCACAACCUAUCUGUGAAAGGGGGUGGAGUCAAGCUUCCUCCUAAAUCUCUUGGAUCUUGACGAAGCAGUCCCCUAAUGUUGUUGUCUGUUGUACUAUUCUGCUGUGAAUACUACCAGGUAGCUUCUGAAGAGAGAUAAAGAAGAGCAGGCCAUCAAUUCUUUAAUGUACGCUGUCAGUAACUGUUUACUGAGAACUAAUUCUUGGGUUUAGUUUCUGUCCCAAGAAAAAGAGAACUGGAAAGGCCAGUCGACAGAUCAUCAUAGUUAUAUCCUUAGGAAUUUUAUUCAACUUUAUUGUUUUUUUCUCCUGUUAUGCCUUGUCUCUGUUUUUGGCUUUUAUCAAUUGUAUGACUCGACGCUGUAAAUUUCUGUAUUGAUCGAUG